ACUUGUGUGCCCAAAAGGUCAAUAAGCGUACCAAAUGAAGCAUGACUAUCACCAAGAAGCAGCAGCUAAAACCAUACACUACUGAAUACUGAUAUAAACGCAGGUGUAAAAGAUGGAAGAUCCUAUUUUGGUCCAUGGCGCUGCUGCUAGUGUUAUGCAAAAGCUGCAGAAAUCGCAAGCAGCCAGACAACAAGCUAAAACAAAAGAAAAGCUGAAUGAAAUACAAAUGCGAAUAAACAAUACUCUAGAAGAUUAUGAUGACAGUACAAAAGUUGCAAAGUCACUGAGUGAUAAUAUGAAACUAGUGUCUGACAUGGAAGAACUAGAAGCAAUUCUUAAAGAUGACAUCUUAAAAAACAAGUAUCAACAAAAGCUAACAAUAUUUAUAGUUGGAUACCAAACUUUGUGCAAUGAACGUGCCGACAUCCUGUCACAGUUGUAUGAGUUCUUCAACACCUACUCUGUUCCGGAGGGGAGUGAGGAAGAGCAGGAACUCUCAUCUUCCGAUUCUUACCUAGAAUCCAUUCAUUCCAGUGUUCAGGAUGCUCUGGAUUCAAUGGAGGGAGCAGUAGGAAGACUGAAUGAUGUAAGCAGGGAUGUAAUACUUUGUAUGGAUCAAAUGCAUUCUCUAACUUCAAGCAAGUCAAACAAAACUAAAAAAAAACUUGAAAAAGCACUGCAUCAUGCAAAAGAUGAAGUGCAGAAAAUGAAGGAAAAAUUGCUCAACUUUCAACAAGAUUUUGGAUUAAAAGAAGAUAGACUGCAACAAGCUACCAUGCAAGUUGAUGCUAAGAAAGUUGAAAUUACUCAUUUAAAGAAGCAAAUUGACAUGAGCAAGAAAACUUACGAACGCAUGCAAGAAGAUUUAAAACAAGAGAGAAACUUGCUCCAAAUUGAAGUGGAGGACUUGAGAAGAGAAUUAGAGAUGAAAGAAACAAGUAAAGAUCAGCCUGUGGUCACCAAUGCGUCAGAAGUUGGAACGAGAUUAAAAGAAAUACGAGAAGCUGCUGUGGUGGAGCUAAAGAGAAUGAAAGUAAAAUUAAACGCAGAAGAAGUGGAAUUACCAGAACUAAAACAAGAAUUAGCUGAGCAAUAUAAAGUACAAAUCCAACAAAUACACAAUGUACAUGAAGAGGAAUUGCAGAAUUGGAAAGAGGAAUGCAGAGUCCAUAUAUCUGAUAUACUGGAAAUGGAGAUGAGUGAAGACGAGACACAACAAUGGGAAAAAGAAGAUCAACAAAUAAGUCGUCAACCAUCAUCCAUGUCCACUAAAGGAAAACUUGUUUCCACAUAUGAAACAUCCAGUGUUUCCAGUGAGAAAAAACCUCUAACACCUUGCAGCACUGCUCCACUUGAUGCAGAUGAUGAGUUUGAUGAAGAUCUUCUUAAUGAGGAAUAUUGGUCCAGCUUACCAAGCGAGAAAGUUGCUGCAAGUUUUAUAAAAUAUCGAGAGAAAACGAGACAGGAGGUCGCUCGUCUCACGGAAAAUCUCCAGGCUGCAAAUAUGCUUCAACAGAGCGUGGCAUCGGAGGCAGGGAAGUGGCAAGAGGAGAGAGCGAGACUCCUCUCUCACAUUGAGCAACUCAAACUCCUCCAGGAAGCAGCGGAGGAAGAUGCAGAGGAAGCCAUGAGGAAUCUGGAAGAGUUUGCUGCUGAACAAGAACAACUAGAAGCUGAGCAAUUGAUGGAAAACAGAGAAGUUGUUGAAUCUCAUCAUAGUGAUGAAGAAGGAAAGUCACUUGCUGAAACAAAAGCUUCUGAAACAGCUCCAACCACCAGCGGUUCCCCAACCGCUAUCUCAAAGCCGACAUCUGCAGCAACCAGCCGCCGGUCCCUUGCCAGCGCUUACAGGCAAAAGAUCGCUGAGAAACGAGAAGCAAUCAAUAACCGUAAACGUGAGAGACUACAGAGUGCAGGUGGAGCAGACACUCCACAACUUAAGACGGUGUUCGAUACCGGGCUUUUGGAAGAGUUCUUACGCUGCUAUGGUGCCGUCGUGCAGUUUAAAGACGCCAUGGCCCAGGAAAUGGCUCGACACUCGGCCCAUUUUACGAAGUCAUAUUCUAUCAAUUCAAUCCUUACUUCAAAGUACAACACUAGUGACGAUCAGAUCCAGUUAUAUGUGUCUAGCAUGGCGGAAUCCGUCGAACAAAGUUUAUCGGUAAUUAAUCGCUGUGUGGUGGACGCGUUAAACGAGACGAAGCCAGUGCCAAUAACGACUGGCACACACGAAGAAGUAGCCAGCUUAGCGGCCAAGCUGCAGCGUGAAUUAUCUGACGCCCGCACUGAGCAUGAAAAACGAGCCCAGCACGACGCUGCUAUGAUCAUGCACCUACAGAACACGUUAAGUGAAACACAGCGGGGGAAUACAACAGCUGCUGGGACAUCUGGAAGCGGUUUUCCGUCUUCGCCUGCUGGUCGUCUCUCCGCGCUCGCAGGGAAAAGCUCCACAGCACCACCUACUGGAGACUCCAGUCUUACAGUAAUGUUCACUAGGUUGGACGCUGAACACAAUUCUAAAGAAUUAAAGAAAUCUGCCGCUGUUGGAAAAAUAACUCAGGAAACAUUGGAGUCAGUGAUAAUGACAAUGGACGCUUACAAUGCUAUUCCUGCUCGUCGUAUCCAACACUUAGCGAAGAAGUUGGUCCAUCACAGCAAGAUGAAAGUUAUUGAAACAAAUGUUAGAAACAGCAACCUCGUGACGUCAGAAGUCUUCUCUAUCCUCGAGCAAAUGGAAGUAAUUCAAAGACGACGAGCACAAACGUGGGGUCGACAAAUGGACGAAAUGACGUCAGAACGACGUCGUCUUGCAGCUGUGCUCUCUGACGCGCUCCAGCGACUUGAAUAUAUAACUGGUGUUUUCCUGAUUAAACCGGUUGUGUCAUACAAAGGAAAAGGUCCCUCAAAAAAAUACACGGGUAAAAUCAGCACUCGUUUUAACAAAUACCAAAUGGAGGCGAUGGUACAACGCAUGCACAACAACAAACAACAAACGAAGCAAUUGCCGUACCAAGCAGACCCCCUACAAUUGAAUAUUCUCAAGUCUGCCCCUCAUGGUUCCACAGCAAGAACCACAAGAAUCAGUUUCGCCACAAAUCCUGCAGUAAUGACUGCACCUGCUGCAACAAACCAAUCUCAGGACCCCUUAACUGUAGCAGGCCUGACGAAAGAAAGCACAGUACGCAUGUGGAACACUGAUAGCUCGUUGUCGAAAAACGUCAACACGCCUCGACUUACACAACAAGACAAGAGAUCUACACCUGGUGCAUUCAAUAUUCAACCUGUAUCUGAAAUGCCACGUAUUAUGGAAAUGGACGUGACUAAGUUCCACUUCAAUACGAACAAUAUUCAUGCUUAUAUACCGACGGAGAACGCGAAUAAACUAGGAAAUGAUCGACUAGAGAACAUGGCAGUACUUAACUUACGAAGCUACACAAGCGUACCGCGUAACGGGAGCUUUGUCAGCACAAAAAUCGAUCGAACUAAAUCUGAGAGCACACCCGACUACAAAUCAAGCGCCCCCCCGACAACACCGGCUUUUUUCUCAAGUAUUGGAAACGAGAGAACAGCAUCCGAACUCCGCAUCCUCUCGGAGGAGGAGAAGUUAUUAGAAGAGGAAGAUCUUUCAUCCACUCCUCCCCUCCCUAAACCUCCUCUUCCUCCCAUUCCUACUGGCCGAUCUUCAAGAUCAAGUAUGACAUCCGCAGCAUCCAGUAAAGACAUGGGAAGAGGUUUGCCGUUUUCACCAUCAAGAUCGGUCCCUGAAAUGAGUGUACUUAUUGAACGAACUGAUAGCACCGAGACGCCACCUAUUAGCGCCCGCAAAGAUAUGGCUACUUCCCCCGUGAUUCAAACAUAAUGUUCACCAAACGGCAAAGAUUACAUGUGAGCUCGUGUGUUUCACCUGCACUGUGUUAUUCUGCAUACACUGCGCCGUCUGCACCACACAUUUACUUCACUGUAUAAAUAUAUUGUGUUUUUUUUGUAUAGAAAUUUACCUAAGUCUAAAUUUUACCGUUAAAAAUCACUGUAAAGUUACCUUUAGGUCUUUUUCUACAUUUUUACCUGUGAGAUAACAAGCUAAAACGACAGAUUUUUAGCAUUUGUAUUAUAGUUGUAUUGUACUUAAAACGCUAUUAGCGUAAGUAAUUAAUGUAAUAAAUAACAGCAAAUAGAAA